AUGAAACAUAGAAGCAUCAAUCGCUGUCGGCUUGACCGAUAUCACAGGCUACUACGGAGUGUGUUUGCUCGCUAUGGCAUGUUCGUGGCGCGUCAACCUCUACCUUUUGUCAUUAUUCCCACGCUGGUGGCUGCCUUGCUCGCUAUGGGUAUGAUACGACUUCAUGAAGAAACAAGCAGGGAGUAUCUCUUCACUCCAACCAACGGGCGUGCCAAGGAUGAGCGAAACGUGGAAGCACGUUUGUUUUUCAUGAACGAUACCCAGGAAUUCGACGGUCUUCGCCUGCCGAACUUUGGCAGGUUUGUUCAUCUCAUAAUUAUUCCCAAAAUGCCAUCUCUCAAGACGGUAAUCCAAGAAGAUGUAAUGACAGAAAUUAUCCGUCUUGCAGAUUUUGUCAAAAAUUAUUCGUCACCUCUUCCGUACCAACAGGUCUGUGCCGUCAAAGAAGGACAGUGCGUGCAUGAUUCUCUCCUACAACUCAUCUACAGCAACAGAUCCAGAUAUCUGCAGCGAAACUUCACAUUUCCAGUCACUGAGUCAGAUACUGGUGACUUCUUGUUUCUUGGCAAUAACUUGGGUGGACUAGAGUACGAGUACCAUACACCAAAUGACAUCGUUAGUGCUGCCGCUGCCAAGAUAGAAUUCUGGCUCAGAGAUACCAAAGACAGUAAAAAAUGGGAAGAAGAAGUACUCGAUCACUUGAAGAAUUUCGACUCUGACAUUAUCGAUUUUAAGCCAUCCACGUCUCAGGCAAUCGACACAGAAAUGGCGGCUCUAACAAAAGAUGCGAUACCGCUCGUCUCUAUUUCGUUUACUUUGCUCAUCACGUUUGUUGUGGUGUCACUCCUCAUGUUGGACUGGGUACGCACCAAGCCAAUGAUCGGUCAAUUGGGUGUGUUAUCACCAGGCUUGGCUGUAGCUGCAACCAUUGGUUUUCUCUCUGCAAUUGGUGUCGACUUCUGCAACGUGGUGGCCUCAAUGCCAUUUCUCAUUAUGGGCAUAGGGGUAGAUGACAUGUUCAUUAUCAUUGAGGCUUAUCGUCAUACGAAGCCUGAAGAUACUGUAGAAACAAGAAUGAACCAUACUUUCGUGGAGGCGGCAGUUUCUAUCACAAUCACCUCCAUUACAGAUUUUCUGGGAUUUGCCAUAGGCGCCAUUACGUUUUUCCCAUCUGUCCAGCUGUUUUGUAUUUACACAUCAGUGGCGGUCAUUUUUGAUUACAUCCUGCAAAUUACGUUAUUUGCAGCGUUCAUGGCAUACGACGCUCGUCGUGAAGAUGCCAAUCGUCAUGCUGUCACGAUGCAAGUUGUGCUGCCCAAGUCAGAGUCUGAUACAAAGAGCCGGACAUAUCGUAUCUGCUGCAGCGGAGGAGUAAAGAAGGAUGGCAAGAUUGUGGCAGAACAGGAGGAACAUCUUGCAGUAAAAGUGAUUGGUCAAUUCUAUGGACCGUUCUUAGUCAAAAAACCAGUAAAAGUCGCCAUCAUGGUGGUGUUUGCCAUCUACAUUGCGGUGUCAGUGUACGGAUGCACCAGAGUGAAAGAAGGAUUAGAACUAAAAAAUUUAGCCAGAGAUGACUCUGACACACACAUAUACUUUGACAGACAAAAUGAAUUCUUUGUUGAGUAUGGACUGCAGGUGAUGUUCAUGAAGACAGAGCCAGUCGACUACUGGGAUGAGACCGUGCAGAGUGACAUCGACAGUGCGAUCACUGACUUGAUCAACACAAAAUAUGUGGGAGCCGCGUCACCAAGGAAAGUCACGUGGUGGCUGCACGACUUCUUGGAUUUUAUGAAGAAAACACAAGGUCAACGUGCUGCAAGUGUUGAUAAAAACAUGGCUAUGAAUAUUCUUCACAUAUUCUUGAAGCAUCCAUUCUACAAACAGUACCAAUUGGAUAUUCAAUUCAACAACGACGAGACGUCCAUCAAAGCAACGCGUUUCUUCAUCCAGACCAAUAACCUCACUGAUGCUAACUUAGAACGUGGCAUGAUGACGACGUUCCGAGAUAUCGCUGAGCGUCACGGUCUGGUGGCUUAUCAUCCAGCAUUUAUAUUCUAUGAUCAAUACACUGCCGUCCUUCCUAACACAUUGCAGAAUAUUGGUAUAGCUCUCAUAACCAUGUUGAUCGUGGCAAUUCUCAUAAUUCCUCAUCCACUCUGCGCUUUUAUCAUCGUCCUUGCUAUCCUGUCCAUCGACCUGGGGGUGAUCGGUAUUAUGCAGUUCUGGGACGUCAACUUGGAUUCAAUAUCAAUGAUCAACAUUAUCCUUUGCAUUGGAUUUUCUGUUGACUUUUGUGCACACAUAACGUAUGCUUUCAUGGUAUCCAAGUUCAACACACGAGACGAGCGGGCUGUAGAUGCACUCUGUCAGUUAGGUUAUCCCAUAAUGCAAGGAGCUGUAUCCACUACAUUGGGUGUUCUACCACUGGCAUUCUCUAACACUUACAUCUUCCGUUCUUUCUUCAAGACUCUGUUCCUUGUGAUAAGUCUCGGAUUCUUACAUGGUAUGGUUGUUCUUCCCGUGGUCAUGUCACUCAUUGGUCCAACAGAAAAGACCAAACCUGUAGUUGAUUCUAGUGGUACACGCGUGGAAAUCAGUGGUCCCAACUUUGACUUGACAUAUGCAAACAAAAUUGGUAGUGCAGAAGAACUAGAAGAUAGAAGAGUAUAAAACACAAAGUUGAGGUAGUUAAUUAACUAGAAGAUUCGUUGCUACAUUGAGCUUGAUAGACAUAGCAAAAGACGGGCAAACAAGCAUGAACUGAUAGACAACGUUUUGUAUUGAGGAGUAGCAUAUCUAGACCAUACUAUAGAUGUGUGAUUGCAUGUGUAUAGUAUUAGCCAUUUGGAAGACUGAAGUACAA